AUGUCCACGUAUGAUUUGCACGAUGCAUGGCGUACAAUUCAUCCAAAUGCUCAGGAGUACCCUUGGCAUCGCCCCAACGGCCGUCAAGCCUCGCGAAUAGACAUGCUUUGGCUUUCUGCCUUGCUCUUGUCCUGUGUCAAGCGUGUCGAUAUCCUUCCCUUUUUCCGCUCUGACCAUUCCAAUGUAUAUUUGGAGUUUUGUCUUCCGUCCGGCACCCAUCGUGGACAUGGUGUUUGGAAGUGGAAUACUCGGCACCUUUCAGAUGAGUCCUUCGUUAAACUAAUGUCGGACUUUUGGUCAUCUUGGAGAGUGUAUAAAUCUUCUUUCUUGUCGCUUACUGCGUGGUGGGAUGCAGGCAAGGCGCGACUAAAACAAUAUAUCCGUGGAUUUUCUAAGCAAAAAGCUGUCAGCCGUCAAAAGCUCAUUACAUCGUUAGAGCAUACAUUAUUUUAUUUGAACAAACGUCUGCUUAAUGGUGACGAGGUCCUUCCAAUCACUGAAGAUGUUAAAAGUGAACUGGAGGCUGCUCAUCGAGAUGAAGCGAGAGGAGCCCGUAUUCUCGUGCAAACGUUCAAUGGGCAGAAGAGGGAGAAACCUCUACCAAGUAUUUUUUCGGCUUAG